AUGAACCGUAAACGUCGUCACUCGGGUAAAGGAGCAAUCCGGCAAAACAAGAAGACACGGCGGGGAAAUAUCAGUUUUGUUGACCCCAGUGGUCCGGUUUCCUCCAGCGCUCCAACGGGGAGGACUACCUCUGCUUCCUUCAACACUCCUACUCUCCCCAGCACCCCUGCCGGCCAUACCGCUCCUGCUUUCCCGAGUAGUCUUUCCGAUGAACAGCACACCUGGCUUGAAUCCAAUAUCACCCUGGAUGGAAGCACUGCACUUAAGCUUGUCUUAGUCAUGCAAAGAUUCAGAGAGCGGUUCCGCAUUCCAAUCACACAUGCUGGUGUCUGCAACAAGUAUUACUCCAUGGUGUUGAUAAACAGCAUAAUAGAGACGCCAAAGCAUCAGCGACCCGUUCCCUGUGAUAACUAUCACUAUCUUCGACUCCAAUACUUUGUGGCUUUUGAAGAUCACGUUACAAUUCCCGGGGAUGAUGAGAUGGAAGAAUCAUACCUACGGGACGGAUUUCCAAGCCGAGGUGAAGCGUGCUUCACUAAACCACCAACAAGAAGAAUGCAUCCGAUUCACCCAAGAUACACAUACAUCACACAACUAUUGUGGGAAACCGGCUACACAUGGAUGCAAAUAAUGUGGCUCUUUGGUGUCCAGGCGAAGGAAGCGACGUUCAGGAUUGAUGACCGAGUCUGGAAUAUCACCACUCCUAAAUUCUUGGAAGCAUGGGCCAAGAUUAAAUCAUAG